AGCUCGGCUCACGGCUACAGAAGAUCGUCUCAAAUCCAUAAUUUUUUUAUUAAUAAUAUUAAUCCCCCACACUUUCUCUCUCUAGAAAACCCUCACUUUCUCUCUCUUCGCAAAAUCUCCGGUAGCGUAAAUCUUCCCCUCCCAUGGCGAACAGCAAUCUACCUCGAAGAAUUAUCAAGGAAACGCAGCGGUUACUCAGCGAACCAGCUCCGGGGAUAAGCGCGUCGCCGUCCGAAGAUAAUAUGCGUUAUUUUAAUGUUAUGAUCCUUGGUCCAACGCAGUCUCCUUAUGAAGGAGGAGUUUUCAAGCUGGAGUUGUUUUUGCCAGAAGAAUAUCCCAUGGCUGCUCCUAAGGUUCGGUUUCUUACGAAAAUUUACCAUCCGAACAUUGACAAGCUUGGUAGGAUUUGUCUUGACAUCCUCAAAGACAAAUGGAGCCCCGCUCUUCAGAUUCGCACUGUACUCCUGAGUAUUCAAGCUCUUCUAAGUGCUCCAAACCCAGAUGAUCCGCUCUCUGAGAACAUUGCGAAGCAUUGGAAAUCUAAUGAGGCUGAAGCUGUUGAAACAGCAAAGGAGUGGACUCGUUUGUAUGCAAGUGGUGCCUAAUGGAGAUGCGGGUCACUAUGUUGUUUUUAAGAAAAUAACAGUGUAUUUGGUUAGGUCUUGAAAUUCAAAACUUGAAUGCUGCAGUGUUGUUCACUUUCUUGUGUUUUUCGAGAUAAUAUUGUAAUUCUGGUUAAUUAACUAUGUGAAAGAAUAGUGUGGGUAAAAGGGUUGUUUUGAUCUGCAUCCCAAAACUGGGAUGGCUUUGAAAAUUAA